AUGCCUGCAUGCAUUCUUGCAAAAACUGUUAGCUAUAUAGCUGAAGGUGAGAUUGGUGAGUUAAAGAAUUGGAUUUUAUCCUGGAGGGAGGGAAUGGUAGCAGUAUUUUCACCUGACUGUGUGAAAUCGGUAAGCCUAGUGUCGGCUUUCCUAUUUUUUGACAUAGAAGAGGCAAUUGAGCUCGCCGCAUAUGCUAAAAAAGUCUACCCUGUGGCCAAAUUAUUAUACAUUAUGUUGAAGAGUUUAGGUGGAAAAGAGGACCACGAAGUUUACUCGAAAUUUAAAAAGAGAUACAAUUACGAAGAAGCAGAGGGAUUUUGUGAAACGUUGAAGUUCCACAUAAGAAUGUUGCCGCCAAACCGGUUUGGAACGUAUAGUGAGACGUGGUGUUUCACCGACAGCCCAAUGUGUUGGGAAUCACAUCAGUUUCUAGAUGAAUUCAAUGGCGGACCAUACAUCGUAGAGCGGUGUAUAGAUUGUAUAUACUUCUACUUGUCUAGAGAUAUUAUGGAAAUGACUUAA